AGCACGGGUUUCCGACACGACCCGGAUGAAGAAAACUUUUUUUCCCACAAUCCCUCCUGUCCUCGCUCUCUUUUUCAACUGCAGCCAUGUCGAAGAGAGGACGUGGGGGUUCAUCCGGAGCGAAGUUCCGAAUCUCGUUGGGUCUUCCAGUGGGCGCUGUUAUCAACUGUGCCGACAACACUGGUGCCAAGAACCUUUACAUCAUCUCCGUGAAGGGUAUCAAAGGCCGUCUUAACCGUCUGCCUGCUGCUGGAGUGGGUGACAUGGUGAUGGCAACAGUCAAGAAAGGCAAGCCUGAGCUCAGAAAGAAGGUGCAUCCGGCGGUCGUGAUCAGGCAGCGGAAGUCCUAUCGGCGAAAAGAUGGAGUCUUUCUCUACUUUGAGGACAAUGCAGGUGUCAUUGUAAAUAAUAAAGGGGAAAUGAAAGGAUCUGCUAUUACUGGCCCAGUCGCCAAGGAGUGUGCUGAUCUUUGGCCCAGGAUUGCAUCAAAUGCUGGCAGCAUUGCCUGAGCCUUUUGUCACCCUUGAUUGAUUUUUCAAUUAAAAAAACUGUUGGAGCCUUCUUUGUCAUCAUUUAGAAUCGGUUCGGCAUAAACAACAAAGUUUGGUUGGGUAUUCAAAGACUGGUGUCCCCAAACAUAGUUUGACCUGUUAACUUUUUAUCAAUUUGGAAAUGAGCAUUCAUUGCCAAAACUAAAAAUUGAAAAUGAGGAAACCAAGGCCGAAAACACGGGAAGAAAAUAUAACAUAAAAACUAAAAUAUUACCUUUGCUGAAUAUUUUCUGCACUUGUCGAACUUGUUUUAAGGAUAUGUUCGUUCGUACUGCAGGUCAAUUCUGAUAUUUUCACCCAAUGCAUAAUGUAUCUGACAAUUAAAACAUUUUUCCCUCCGUG